GGAGGAGGAAGAGACAGGGCAGGCACUGAGGCAAAGCCAGACAGCUGUGCAGAGGGAGAAGCCAGAGAAGGAGACACAGACAGGGAGAGACAAAGACCCAGGAGAGAAAGCACAGGAGGGAGUUUUGGAGAGAAGAGAGACCAAGCCCCCCCCCCAACCCCGGGCAUUUUUUCCUAAGCCCCAGGGGCUGUUUUUCUCCCCCUAUCUUCUCUGACCCUCUAAAAACUUCGCCUCCAACUUUGGCACAAGUCGGAGCCCCUCUGGCUUUAACGAGGAGCCUUCCACAGUUAGGGUGUGGAGGAUUUGGUGUCUCAGAUGGCCUCAAUCCAUUCCAGCUGCAGCAGCACCGGUACCAUGUCUCAAUUGGCCUUGCAUCCCAGGAGGGGCUUGACUGGGCACUGGCUGCGAAGAGUCCAAACCUGCUUGCUGCUUCACACUGCGCCUUUCUCCGGUCUGGAGAGGUGGCUGCUGCUGGCCUCCCUCCUGCCCUUAGCCUGGUCAGCCAGCCCCCUCCCCCGGGAGGAGGAGAUCGUGGUCCCAGAGAAGCUGAAUGGCAGCAUACUUCCUGGCUCAGGCGUCCCUGCCAGGUUGUUGUACCGCUUGCCAGCCUUUGGGGAAAUGCUGCUACUGGAGCUAGAGCAGGAUCCUGGGGUGCAGGUAGAGGGGCUGACAGUGCAGUACCUGGGCCAGGCAGCUGAGAUGCUGGGGGGCGCAGAGCCAGGUACCUACCUGACUGGCACCAUCAAUGGAGAUCCGGAGUCAGUGGCAUCUCUGCACUGGGAUGGGGGAGCCCUACUAGGAGUGUUGCAGUACCGGGGGGCUGAACUCCACCUCCAGCCUCUGGAGGGAGGCACCCUUAACUCUGCUGGGGGACCAGGGGCUCACAUCCUACGCCGGAAGAGUCCUGCCAGCAGCCAAGGUCCCAUGUGCAACGUCAAGGCUCCUUCUGGGAGCCUCAAUCCCAUUCCCCGCAGAACCAAGCGCUUUGCUUCUCUGAGUAGAUUCGUGGAGACACUCGUGGUGGCAGAUGACAAGAUGGCAGCAUUUCACGGUACAGGGUUAAAGCGCUACCUGCUGACAGUUAUGGCGGCGGCAGCCAAAGCCUUUAAGCACCCAAGCAUCCGAAACCCUGUCAGCUUGGUGGUGACUCGCCUAGUGAUCCUGGGAUCAGACCAGGAAAAACCCCAAGUGGGGCCAAGUGCUGCCCAGACCCUACGCAGCUUCUGCACCUGGCAGCGGGGCCUCAACACCCCUGAGGACUCAGAUCCUGACCACUUUGACACAGCUAUUCUGUUCACCCGUCAGGAUCUGUGUGGCGUCUCCACUUGUGACACCCUGGGCAUGGCUGAUGUGGGCACAGUGUGUGAUCCAGCCCGAAGCUGUGCUGUAGUGGAGGAUGACGGACUCCAGUCAGCCUUCACUGCUGCUCAUGAACUGGGCCACGUCUUCAACAUGCUCCAUGACAACUCGAAGCCAUGUGCUGAUUUGAAUGGGCACGGGGGCUCCUCUCGCCAUGUCAUGGCUCCUGUCAUGGCCCACGUGGAUCCUGAAGAGCCCUGGUCCCCCUGCAGUGCCCGCUUCAUCACUGACUUCCUGGACAAUGGCUAUGGGCACUGUCUCUUAGACAAACCAGAAGCUCCCCUGCAUCUGCCAGUGACUUUUCCUGGCAAGGACUAUGAUGCUGACCGCCAGUGCCAACUCACCUUUGGGCCUGACUCACGCCAUUGUCCACAGCUGCCACCACCCUGUGCUGCCCUCUGGUGUUCUGGCCACCUCAAUGGCCAUGCCAUGUGCCAGACUAAGCACUCUCCCUGGGCUGAUGGGACUCCCUGCGGCUCCACACAGGCCUGCAUGGGUGGCCGCUGCCUCCACGUGGACCAGCUCAAGGACUUCAAUAUUCCUCAGGCCGGAGGCUGGGGCCCCUGGGGACCUUGGGGUGACUGCUCUAGGAGCUGUGGGGGUGGUGUCCAGUUCUCAUCCCGGGAUUGCACGCGGCCCGUCCCCCGGAAUGGCGGCAAGUACUGUGAGGGCCGCCGGACCCGCUUCCGCUCCUGUAACACUGAGAACUGCCCAACCGGCUCAGCGUUGACCUUCCGUGAAGAGCAGUGUGCCGCCUACAACCAUCGAACUGACCUCUUCAAGAGCUUUCCAGGGCCCAUGGACUGGGUCCCACGCUACACAGGUGUAGCCCCUCGAGACCAGUGCAAACUCACCUGCCAGGCCCGGGCACUGGGCUACUACUAUGUACUGGAGCCACGGGUGGCAGAUGGGACUCCCUGUUCCCCAGACAGCUCUUCCGUCUGUGUCCAGGGCCGCUGUAUCCACGCCGGCUGUGACCGGAUCAUUGGCUCCAAACAGAAGUUUGACAAGUGCAUGGUGUGCGGUGGGGAUGGUUCUAGCUGCAGCAAGCAGUCUGGCUCCUUCAAAAAAUUCAGAUGUGGUACUUCCUGGGGCAGUCAGCUUGCGAUAUAGCGGAGCCACGGCAGCCUCGGAGACACUGUCUGGACACGGACCACUGGUCCAGCCCUUGACGCUGCAAGUCCUGGUGGCUGGCAACCCCCAGAACUCACGUCUGCGGUACAGCUUCUUCAUUCCAAAGCCAGUGCCUUCAACACCACGCCCUCCUCCCCAAGACUGGCUGCAGCGCCGAGCCCAGAUUAUGGAGAUCCUCCGGAAGCGUCCCUGGGCAGGCAGGAAAUAACCUCACUGUCCCGGCUGCCCUGGGGCACCGGGGCCUCGGACUCAUCUGAGAGAAUGAGGGGGCUUCUGUGGCUGCUUCAUCCUAAAACACAGUAGGGCGGUGCUGUAAGGAUGAGACCUGCCCUACCUCUCUGCCCUAAACUGCAGGCUGGCCCUGCCCCGGCUUCCUGCCCUGGGAGGCAGUGACGUGUUGGUGAAUGGAGAGGGGGUUUAGGUGAGAGUCCCUUAUGUAAACUGCUCGCUCUGCCCUGCAGGUCACAGGGGGGAGAGGGGAAGACAGGAUGGGACCUGGGUCCCAGUUGUAUUUAUUUUGUAUUUAUUCACUUUUAUUUAGCACCAGGGAAGGGGAUCCUACAGGGUCUUGGGGAAAUUCACCCAUUACAGCUCUUCCCUAGCUAUGAAAUCCAGGGUGAUGGCAAAUAUAAGUGGUGUGUGUGUGUGUGUGUGUGUGUGUGUGUGUGUGUGUGUGUGUGUUUAUGUAUGAGGUACAA